CGUUACCAUACGAUAGUACUAAUGCGCUCUCACCGACUUCCAGCCAUCUACUUGUGCUUCCGAUUUCCCGGAAGGCCACGUCCUUUCUUUGCUUUGGUUCCAAGAGCUCCGAUGACGACGAGCCCGACGUCAACAAGGAACCGCCAAUUGCCCCCUUCCCUCGUCGCCAAUCUCCAAAACGACCUCGCAGGACGAAAGCCCCCCGGCGGCGAUGGCGUGGAGGGGGAUUCGGCUGCGGCACCGGUCGAAGCCGCUGCUGAUUCGGACCCAGCCGUGGAUGGACCGAGGAGGCCCGUCGUUCUGGUGACCAACGCCGACGGGAUCAGCUCCCCGGGGCUCACCCAUCUCGUGGAGGCGCUCGUUCGCAUCGGGCAGUAUGACGUCUACGUCUGCGCUCCGGAAUCGGACAUGUCUGCCUCUGCUCAUUCAGUAACAAUUCAUCGGACGCUUGCAGCAACGUCCGCUCCGAUUGAAGGCGCCAAAGGUAUUGAGUCUGGACAUCCUGCUGAUUGCAUAUCCUUGGCUUUGUCCGGGGCAUUGUUUUCCUGGUCCAAUCCUGCACUGAAGGAGGAGAGUCGAGAAAGUGAUUUCAAGGAUGCAGUUGAAGUUUGUUUACCUCUGAUAAAGGCAGCGAUGAGGGACAUCGAAAAGGGUCUGUUCCCCAGGAAAUGUCUGCUGAACAUAGAAAUUCCCACAGCUCCAUCUAAAAAUAAGGGCUUCAAGUUAACCAAACACAGCUUCUGGAGGUCUAUCCGCAGUUGGCAAGCUGUAUCCAGAAAUAGGUACCCUGCUGGCCAUUUCAUGUCCAUGAAUCAAGGCCUCGGUGCACAGCUUGCACAGCUUAACCGAGAUGCCUCUGCUGCGGGAGCAGCUCGCCGCAGCGGCGGUCAAAGUAAAAUGCUGGAAACAGAAUCAGUUGCAGCUGCUGGAAAACCCGACCAGAGAGAAGUGGUGAAGAAAUUGUUCCGUCUAGAGUUACGCAUCCUUCUUGAGAUGCAACAGGAAGAUCCGGAUGAAGAUCUCGAUUUCAGGGCCUUGAAGAAUGGUUAUAUCGCUGUUACACCUCUGCAUUUAGAUAUGCAUGUGGAGUCGCAGAUCCGAGCGUCUGUGUCGGAUUGGCUUUCGGCGGCCCUGGAAGGAUGUCGGGAUGCUUCCUGA